AGCAAGCAUUACCUGACAUUGUGUUCUGACAAGUUUAUUUUUAUCUUAAAUAAAUGGCUAUUAUAAACCAAGUUUUAGCGACUGGAGUCGUCAGCUACCUAUGCAUGACGAUGGGUAUUAUGUACACUUGGCCGUCGUCAGUGCUGGGUCUCUUCAGCUCCGCUAACACAACACUGAAUAGAGUUAUGUCAGAGACUGAGCUGUCUCUCCUCGGGAGCCUAUCUUCUAUCAGCGCGGUAGUCACACUCCCCUUCUCGGGAUAUAUUUUAGAUAGAUUGGGAAGGAAGUAUACAUGUAUCACAUUCUCAUUAUUGCAAGUGUCCAGCUGGGCUAUUGUUAUAGCCUUCAAGACAGUGGAGGCCGUGUUGACUUCAAUUUUCAUCUCUGGUGUUACCAGUUGUACAUUCAUCGUUAUUCCAUUGUACGUAGGAGAGUUCUGCCAGGAAUCCAUUCGUGGUUCUAUGGCAUCUGGUGUGAUGAUGUUCUUCGGUAUUGGGAUGCUAAUAUCCUACCUUCUCGGUGGUCUGGUGCAGUACGAGAUCAUGAACUACACAUGUCUCACUCUUACUGUCAUUGGAGUACUUCUUCUUUGCUAUGUUAGGGAGUCGCCUUUAAUGCUGAUGAAGAAAGGAUUCGAAAAAGAAGCUGCAAAGUCAUUAGCUCAUUACAGAAGUGUUCCAGUGUCAUCAAAAGAAGUUCAAGAAGAGAUGAACAAUAUAAGAAGGAUACUGAAUCCUCAAUUAGAUGAAAGCACUGCUGAAGAAGAAAAAAUGAGACCGAACUUCAAUUCAGCUCAAAAAUUAUCAAUAUGGCAAUUUUUUAGAAAAUCCCGUUCAUCGCGUCGCGCCCUAUUCGUAUCUUUGAUCCUCAACUCAGCUGUGGUCUUCCAAGGCCUCGUGGUGGUUCAAGUAUAUGCGCAACCAUUAUUCGAGCAGGCCAUCCCCAGCAUGUCUGCUACUGUGUCCAGCGUUAUAUUUGCCGUCGUCACUGUCCUUGCCGGCUUCUUAGCCGCGUAUUUGGUGGAAGCUUUGGGGCGAAAGGGCCUGAUGAUCUACUCCUCAAUAUUGGCUGCAGUAUGCUGCGUCAUUCUGGGCACCCAGAUCCAGUUCACAUGGGGUCCUCACUGGGUGGCCGCUCUCUUUAUAUAUUUGUAUUGUGUGGCGUAUACAAUCGGAGCCGGAACCAUACCAUAUAUUUACAGCGCAGAGGUGUUUUUGCCUGAGAUCAAAACAUUUGCAUCUAUGUUGAUAAUGGAAUGGACAUUCAUGUGUUUCUUUGUCGUUCUUUUUAUAUUCAAUCCUCUUGUUAACUGUAUAGGUCUCGGCGGAGUCUUCUACAUAUUUGCAGUAGUGUGUGGCCUGACAUCAAUAUUUUGUGUAUUUUUCAUGCCGGAAACAAAGGGUCUAGCCGUGGACGCGAUACAACUAAAAUUCGCUACUCCUAGAGCCCGUAAUAAAGUCUAAUAAUGUUUUAUUAACCAAACUAAGAGAGCCAUGUAAUAUAAACAAACGCAUGUGACUGUUCUCAUCUCGAUACGCCGCCUAAAAACUUUGAUAACAAUUAUUCGUUUUGGUAAAAGACUUAUUUAUGUAUACAUCGCAGUUAUAGUAUACCUAUCCAUAGAUAAUAAGAAAUGAGAGGCGAAAAAAAUGCCUAUUUGUAUUGUAAAUACGCUCGCCUGUUUCAUUAUAAGCCCAUAAAGUAAAUGGUUUUAGACUUAAACCCUAACCUUAGUGCGUAAUCUGCUUUAUAAAUAAUAUGCGAUUCAUUUAAUUUAUAAUUCAAGUUAUACAUAAAAUGAAUCGCAAAAUGUUGCUAAGCUCAAAACGAAAGUAUUUUUUAAUGUUUAUCUCUAGAACUCUGAAACUGUUUCUCAGUUAUUUAUGGAUAAAUUUAGUUUUAUUUAGAACUUGUCAUUGUUUCGGUAAAGCGAACGGUCUCCAUGAAGCAAAGCAACUUUUUCAAUGUUGGUAUGAUUCAUAAAAUUUUACUAAAAGAGUAGGCUAAGUAAGAAAAUCAUAUUAAGGCGAAACCGAGUCUCAAGACUCUCGUAUUUUAUAUAAUUAUUAUUUUUGUUCCUGAAUUUCAUCAGAAAGGUUACAUCCAAUUUUAUUUGACUUUUAUUCCGUUUCUACUAGUUUGUGGUCCUGAUAAAUAUAAUACAUAGGAAUCGUUUACCAAAAAUAGAAAAUUAAUCAUUAAUUAAAGAUAUUUUUAGUAUUAUUUUUUUAUUUUGGGUAAAUAAAAC